AUGUCGUGGCCAUCGUCCUCACCUAGCGUGGCUAUCCGCAAGGCACCUGCCGGAGCGGAAGUGAAUGGAGAGGGUUCGCCGAGGCAGAGCUCGAGGCAGAGGGUCGUUGUCGUCGGGUUAGGUAUGGUUGGUAUCGCUUUUCUGGAGAAACUGUUAAAGCUAGACGCCAAACGAGGAGAAUACGAGGUCGUGGUUAUCGGAGAAGAGCCACAUCUUGCAUACAACCGCGUUGGUCUGACAAGCUUCUUUCAGCACCGACAGGUCGAGUCUCUCUACCUCAGCCCAGAAUCCUGGUAUAAGGGCCAUCCGGCCGGCUCCUUCAGCUACCACCUCAACACUCGUGUCACUGAGAUCAAACCACGAGACAAGGUGGUAAUCACCUCCAAAGGAGAUACCGUGCCCUACGACAUCCUCGUUCUGGCCACGGGUUCUGAUGCAGUCCUCCCAAAGCACACGCCCGGGCACGAUGCCAAGGGCGUAUUCGUCUACCGAACAAUUGAAGAUCUUCAAAAAUUGAUGGAAUUCUCUGCCACGGUGAAGGGAACGACAGGGUGUGUCGUCGGUGGAGGCCUCUUAGGUCUUGAGGCGGCCAAAGCCAUGAUGGACCUGGAAUACUUCAAACAAGUCAAGCUUAUUGAAAGAAACCGAUGGGUUCUGUCGCGCCAGCUGGAUGCUGAUGCGGGCAACAUGGUUGUUGAGCUGAUCCACCGGCUUGGACUGGAUGUUAUGCUUAGCAAGCGGGUUGGCAAGAUCCUGACCGAUGCCAGCAACGCUGUCAAAGGUAUCAUUUUCGAGGAUGGUGAGGAGAUGGAUUGUUCCUGCGUCAUGUUCGCCAUCGGAAUCAGAGCCAGAGAUGAUCUGGCCCGAAGCGCUGGUGUGAAAUGCGCCGAUGGAGGAAGCGGCAUCAUCGUGGACGAUUCUUUGAGGACCAGUGAUGCAAACAUCUACGCCAUCGGUGAAUGCGCCAGUUGGGAGAAUCAGACUUUUGGUCUCAUCGCACCCGGCAUUGAGCAGGCUGACGUUCUCUCAUUCAAUCUCACACAAGCCAAGGUGCACAGUGCUCGGGCUUUCAAAAGGCCAGAUCUGAGCACCAAAUUGAAGCUCCUGGGUGUAGAAGUGGCCAGCUUUGGAGACUUCUUUGCGGACCGAGAUGGACCGAAAGAUCUACCCAAAAGACACGUGAAGCGUGAAGAGAAGGAAGAAGCUGCUGGCCAGGGUAGGGUCAAGAGUCUCACGGACAAGCCGCCUCCUCCGGCCGUCAAGGCAUUGACUUACAGGGAUCCCUUCCAAGCCGUCUACAAGAAGUAUUUGUUCACCAUGGAUGGCAAGUAUUUGCUGGGAGGGAUGAUGAUUGGUGACACCAGGGACUACGUGAAGUUGGUUCCCAUGGUCAAGAACAAGAAGGCUCUGGAUGUUCCACCUUCCCAGCUGAUCAUCGGCGCAUCGAAAGAGGGCGACGAGUCCGCUGACGACCUGACCGACGAUACGCAAAUCUGCUCUUGCCACAACGUAACCAAAGGGGACGUGGUCGGAGUGGUCAAGGAUGGGUCCUGCAAGUCAAUUGGAGAGGUCAAGUCUUGCACCAAAGCCGGGACAGGCUGUGGCGGUUGCAUGCCUCUUGUUCAGUCCAUCUUCAACACGACUAUGAAAGAGAUGGGCAACGAAGUCCUGAACCACCUGUGUCCUCAUUUCCCCCUUUCCCGGGCGGACCUGUACAACAUCAUCUACGUCAAAAAGCUAAAUGAGUUUGGGGAGGUUAUGCGAGAAGUCGGAAAAGAACCCCACAGUCUAGGUUGCGAGGUUUGUAAACCGGCCAUCGGAUCUAUUUUGAGCGGCUUGUCCAACAAGCACGUCAUGGACCGAAAACUCCACGGCCUCCAAGAUACCAACGAUCGCUAUCUGGGAAACAUCCAGCGCAACGGCACCUUCUCUGUCAUCCCGCGAGUGGCUGGCGGAGAGAUCAGCCCUGACAAGCUGAUUGUCAUUGGCCAAGUUGCACAGAAGUAUGGGCUGUACACCAAGAUCACGGGCGGGCAGCGCAUCGAUAUGUUUGGUGCAAAGAAGCAAGAUCUGUUGGACAUCUGGUCCGAGCUGGUUGCCGGAGGCAUGGAGUCGGGCCACGCCUAUGCCAAAUCUCUCCGGACUGUCAAAUCGUGCGUAGGUACGACGUGGUGCCGUUUCGGCAUUGGUGACUCUGUCGGUCUGGCGGUGAGGUUAGAAGAGAGAUACAAAUCGAUCCGAGGGCCUCAUAAGAUCAAGGGAGGAGUGUCCGGAUGUGUGCGCGAGUGCGCCGAAGCCCAAAAUAAAGAUUUCGGUUGCAUCGCCACUGACAAGGGGUUCAACAUUUUCGUUGGCGGCAACGGGGGAGCAACACCAAGGCAUUCUGAGCUGCUGGCCAAGGAUGUCCCGCCGGACGAUGUGAUCCCGAUCCUCGACCGUUACCUUAUGUUCUACAUUCGAACAGCAGAUAGGCUGCAGAGGACGGCAAGGUGGAUUGAACAAUUGCCGGGGGGCAUUCGAUACCUCCGGGAGGUCAUACUGGAGGACAAGCUCGGCAUCUGUGUUGAACUAGAGAAACAGAUGCAAGAACUUAUAGGGACAUUCUUCUGCGAAUGGACAGAGACGCUGAGGGACCCGGAGAAACGCAAGGCCUUCCAACAAUUCGCCAACUCUUCGGAGAAUCGAGAGCCAGCCGUUGAGAAGGUGGAAGAAAGAGGCCAAUCUCGACCUGCAUACUGGCCCAAGGAAUCUGUCCAUACCGAUUUCAAGGGCACCAGAUGGACCAGCCUCGCUUGGCAGCCGAUGGUUGAGGCAAAGAAUUUCGCCACUGUCGAGACGGGAUCAUCACAAACUGUCCUCCGCGGCGACACGCAGCUGGCGAUCUUCAAGUUGAAGGGCAAAUACUACGCCAGUCAGCAGAUGUGUCCGCAUCGGAGGACGUUUGGGCUUUCCGACGGGCUGGUGGGUGAGAAUACCGCGCCCGACUGCAAGGAGAGUAGACUCUAUGUCAGCUGUCCGUAUCACAAGAGGAACUUCCAGCUCAACGGCGAGGUCAACUUCGACCAGAAGGACGCCGGUGCAGGGUCAUGCUCGACCGACAGCAGCAUGUCCGUUGCCACCUUCGAGGCGGAGGAACGAGAAGACGGAUGGGUCUAUCUCAAACUGCCUCCAGUUCAAGAGCUCGACGAUGUGCUUGGAACGAGUAAGUGGACGGUGAAGCAGGCGGAGGAAUCGAACCCAUUUGAGAGCCUGGACAAGAAAUUGGGAUUCAACAAAGGGCUGCGUCCGACAAGGACGGUUGGCGCAAUGCCAGGCACAGGCAACGUGAUGGCGACACGGGCUGCGGGUGUUGCAGCGCAAAGAAGGAUUGAUUGGUGA